UUCUCCCUUCUACAAAUACCCUCACAGUCUCUUUCCCUCGUCUUCUAAGUUUUUUUUUUGUUUUCUCGCCUGAGACUGGGUCCCUUGAGAUUUCUCUCAUUAUUGAUACUUAAACAAGCAGCAACCUCCUCCUUUCUCCGUUUCUUUUUUUUAUAAACUCUUCUUCGCUCUCCGUAAAAACUAAAUCAGUUAAACAAAAACAAAAACAAGAAAAAAGAAAAAGCUAUGGAACCUUGUAGCGUAACCGAGGAUGCUGAGUUUUGGCUUCCGACUGAGUUUCUUACUGACGACGAUUUUCUCGUUGCUAAAGAGAACAACGCUGGUGGAGGACUCGAUCUCGAUGACUCCUUCUCUUACGGGCCGCGUCUUGGAUUUGGGGCUUUUCGCUCUACCGUUAAGCCUAAUAACGCAUGGUCUAUGGGUAAGGAAGGUGACGAUGAGAAGUUCUUAGCCGGAUUGACUCGGCAGAUGGUUCAGUCAUCUCUGGAAGAUGAUUUCUCCGGUGAUCAUCACUCUUUUCCCGCCGGUAACAACAACAAGUCGUUGGGUAUGAAUCGUUCGCCUCUGUGUGUCGCCGGAACUGGGUGCUGUUGCCGGACUCAGAGAUCGAACCGGAAUUGCGAUUCUCGUGUUUCUUCGUGGGAUCUGUACUGUGCCGCGGCGGAGGAAGUAGCCAGGAUGAGUAUCAUCGACGAACACUACCAUAGUAGUGGCAGAGGACUUCUCGCUUCUCCCACAAAACUUUCCUCCUCCGCCGCCACCGCCGUUAAAAACCACCCUAACAACGGCACCGGUUACUUCAAUCAACAUCAAUCUCUCCCGUACCAGAAGCUACAAGCUAUCCAAUUUCAGCAGCUAAAGCAGCAACAGCUGAUGAAACAUCAUCAUCAUCGCCAAUUGGUGCAUCAGAGCAGAGGAGUACGACUUAAUAAUAAUGGUAACAAAAAUGUUGGUGGUCCAGUUGAUUUGUCGUCUUCUGCAUGGUCUAAUCAGCUUCCCAGGCGUGAUGUUAUGAGAGCUGUAUUCAUCGGAGAUCAAACCGGUAAACGUGGCUCUACCGGAACUGGAGUCUUCUUACCUCGUAGCGUUAACCGCACUUCUUCAAGAGCUGAGUCUCGUGACGAUAAUAAGCCCACUCUAUCGACUGUUUUGGUUCCGGCUAGACUUACUCAGGUCCUGAAUCUGAACGUAGGCGAACCAGUCCGGUCUUCAGGAAAUCUCAACGAUGUGUCGUGGAGACAGAGGAGCAACAAUGGUGGGUUCUCAAGCCAGCUGCACGGUGGUGUUAGGGCGGAGCAGCCAGUGAACGAGCCUCGGUUACCAUCGGAAUGGGCUUAUUGAUCGAUUUGGUUUCCGUGACUUUUGGGUGUGUUUAGGAUGAAGACUAGGGUUUGGAAGAAACAAAGAAAUAAGAAGACUAGGAUUUGAUGACAGGUAGUGAAAUAGUGGAGUAGGGUUUUCAUAUAUAGAUAGUGGAAGAUUUGGAAGAAGAAGAAGAAGAAAUAAAAGAAAGGAUAGAGAAUGUGAAGUGACGAGGUUUUGGAUCGUUUAACCACCAUUGAUGGCUGAUAGUUGAAGAAAAGAGCAUUGCGAGAGAGACAGGGCCAGAGGCGACUUUUGUUUUUGGUUUUCUUUUAGAAAUUAAAUGUUAAGUCUGUCACCGGGCUGUUGCUUUAGUAUCAACCUUCCUCUCUCUCUUUCUCUUUUGUUCUCUCAACUCAACUCUUAAUAAGCAAUGGACAGGUAUUAGUAAAAAUAAAAAGAUUGUUAUAUAAUUCUGUUUCCCAUUA